ACUUAACUCUACGUGGGUGUAACUCUUAGUGGCUAUUUUAACAGAUGUCCCAGAAAAGGAAAGCGGGAACUUCUGGCGGGAAUCCUAAACUCAAAGCCUUAUCUAAGCGUCCAGUCUAGACUCUUGGUGUAGCAUCCAGUAAAAUGUCCAUGCAGCAAGUCACAAAAACAAAAGUUUUCUUCCCAGCGUCAGCUCGGGGGAGCCACCUCAGCGCCAAACGAGGAAACAAGUCCAGCCGCCGGCUCUUCCAAAUUUCCGCUAUGGCUGCGCCCGGAUGGGCGCUGUUCAGGUUGUCUCUCUCCGCGCUGCUGCUGUGGCUGGCAGCGGCGGGUGCGGGCCGCGCAGACGCGCAGUGGAGUGGGGAGGGUACCAGCCCACACCUGCCGAGCAUCUUCCUGGGCCGCUGCGCGGAGUACGUGGCGUUGGUGGCCCCUCAGCUGCGGGACAAGAACUGCACAGCCAUCUGGGAAGCCUUUAAAAUGGUGUUGGAUAAGGACCCCUGUUCCGUGUUGCCCUCUGACUAUGACCUUUUUAUGAACCUUUCCAGGCAUUCCAUUCCCAGAGACAAGUCGCUGUUCUGGGAAAAUAAUCAGUUCCUUGUUACUAGCUACGCGGAUAACACCCGUCGUUUUAUGCCUUUGCAAGACGUUCUGUACGGCAGGACUGGAGAUCUCUUGAGCUGGUGCCGACAGAGAAAUGCCUCCGGACUCGAUUACCAAUCCUGUCCUACAUCAGAAGAUUGUGAAAACAAUGCUGUGAAUUCUUUCUGGAAAAGGGCAUCCAUGCAGUAUUCAAAGGAUAGUUCUGGGGUGAUCCAUGUUAUGUUGAAUGGUUCAGAGCCAACAGGAGCCUAUCCCGUAAAAGGGUUUUUUGCAGAUUUUGAAGUUCCCUACUUCCAGAAGGAUAAGAUCACACGAAUUGAGAUCUGGGUUAUGAAUGAAAUUGGAGGACCCCAAGUGGAAUCCUGUGGAGAAGGCAGUGUGAAAAUCCUGGAAGAGAGACUGAAAACAAUGGGUUUCCAGUACAGCUGUAUCGAUGACUACCUGCCAGUGAAGCUCUUACAGUGUGUGGACCACAGCACUCAUCCUGAUUGUGCCUUAAAUUCGGCAGCAGCAUCUAUUCAAAGAGAAGUCCCAUCCCUUUAUGCAGAAGAGAGUGUUGGCCUUGUCAUUCCUUUCUUAGUGGCUUUGGCUUCAGGUGUUCAAAUGUAGCUACUAGAAACUCAGCUAUGCUGCCCUAACCGCCCCAGCCCUGAAACCUGCCCUUGCGCUGUCGUUCUUCUUGUCUUCUGUACCAAGUGGUUCCAUCAUGGAAAGAAACUUCCUGCUGGAGCUUCCUGCUGGAAAACAAUAUCCUGAAAUGGCCUUUUAAAGAGGCAUAUGCUCAGGAUUUCAGAAACAAGAGAUUAAUCUUGUUCUUUUUAACAGGCUAAAACUGCUGCAUUAGAAUUAAAGCAAGUUAUUUUUUCUUAUUUUCAUGAUGGUACAAAGCACUGAGACCUAAACUGUUUUAUAAUCAAACAUUUUCAGAAAGUUCUAAUACAACUGUAUAUUUUAUUUUCUUCUAUGUUUUCCUGUAUUCCGAGUGGGGCACACCAUAUUUUUGUUGAUAGCAUAAGAUAUAUAUGUACAUUAUAUAAAUAUAUACAUAUAUAUUUGGUAGCAAAAAUUUGUAUUAAAGAUGGUCAUUUCAAAUGAUUACAACAGGGUAAUACUCAAAAUGUCUAAUACUAGGGAACUGUUUACAUAUGGUUUACUGUAUAUGUAGGAUGGAAUAUUCAAAUAGUACAAGUCAUGUUUGUCAAUGUAAAUGCCUUUCACCUGGUGACUGGAUGAACUAAUAGUGGUGCGUCUAGAUCAGGGGUGUCUAAACUGCGGCCCGCGAUCCAUUUUUUAUUGGCCUGCAGCAAAUUCCAAAAAUAUAUUUAGUUUACUUAAAUAAACCAGGUGAGGCAAAUACGUACUUCACCUCGAGUGAGUGGCCGGCUGUUUGUGUAUUUUACCGCAUAUGGCCGUUGGUGAAAAACGUUGAUAAAAGUUUGGACACCCCUGGUCUAGACAGUGGAGUACUAUGCAGCAAUAAAAAGUAGCCAGCUGUUGAUAUAUACAGGAACGUGGAUGAAACACAAAUGCAUUGUGCCAAGUGAAAGAAGCCAGCCCAAAAGCCUACAUGCUAUAUGGCUCUAAUUACAUGACAUUCUGGAAAUGGCAAAAUUAUAAGAAUGGAGAACAGAUCCACAGUUGCCAGAGGUUAGGACUAGGGAGAGGAACUAACUGAAAAGGGGCAGUGAGGGAAUUUUGAGGGAGUGACAAACUAUUCUGUAUCUAGGUGGUGGUGGUGGUAAAUCAUAGAUGUCAAAAAGAGUAAAUUUCAUUGUAUGCGAAUGAAUGAAAUGUUUUCAGAGAGCAUUUAAUUGCAGAAAAAUGUCAACAAUAACUGCAAGAGGUAGGAUAUAAAACUGUGUAUCACGUGAUCCAAUUUUCUAAAUAUAAUAUAAAUUUAACAGAUAUAUUGUGUGUAUGUAUGUGUGUGUGUGCAUGUGUGUGUGUGUGACAUACAUACUGUAAAUCAAUGGGAGGAAAGGCAGAGCAAUGAUCUCUGCAGAGUGGUUUUAUCACUGGUUUCUAUUCUAACUUCUGAACUUUGGUACUUUCCAAAGAGGAAAUUACUUUUACAGUCA